UUCAGGGUAGUUAACCGGCUUCAACAAAAUGAGGGGGGCGAAAAAUACAACUAUUAUGCUAUUAUCGCCCAAGUAUUCUUGUUGGCGGAUUCUCCAAUCUUAAAAAUUAAACCAUCUAACGAAACCCAUUCUUUGUCAAGUCCUUCUCUUGCACUGAUAACCCAAAGUUGAACAAGUUUUUAAAUCAUCCAAGCUUUACCCAGAGAGGAGAAGGAAAGUGGCAGAGAAAGAAAGAAACAUGGCAGGCGUUGCUGGUGCUGCUUGCUCUUCUAAUGUACUGUUUAGAAGCAGAGAAGUGGGGAACCAUGGAGCUUCCAUGGCUCCAUAUAAUGGGCUUAGACCAGUUGUAAACAUGCAAAUGGCUCCAACAGGGAGUAAGCCGAGUGGGUCCGUUUCUACUCCAGCUUCAAAAUUAAGAACGGUUAGAGCCAUGGUAUCUCAAACUGUUUCAGCCCCAAAGCGUGAAAAAGAUCCCAAAAAACGAGUUGUAAUUACAGGAAUGGGACUAGUCUCAGUUUUUGGUAGUGACAUUGAUACGUUCUAUAACAAACUCCUUGAGGGAGAGAGUGGGAUCAGCCUGAUUGACAGGUUUGAUGCUUCAAGUUUCUCUGUUCGAUUCGCUGGUCAGAUUCGUGAUUUUUCUUCCAAAGGAUACAUUGACGGGAAAAAUGAUCGUCGUCUUGAUGAUUGCUGGCGGUACUGUCUUGUUGCUGGCAAGAGGGCCCUCGUAGAUGCCAACCUUGGCUCUGAACUGCUUGAAAAUAUGGACAGAACAAGAAUUGGAGUUCUGGUGGGAACCGGCAUGGGAGGCUUAACUGCUUUUAGCAAUGGAGUUGAGUCUCUUGUCCAAAAGGGAUAUAAGAAGAUAUCUCCAUUCUUCAUUCCUUAUUCCAUCACCAACAUGGGUUCAGCAUUGUUAGCUAUAGACACAGGGUUGAUGGGCCCUAAUUACUCCAUCUCAACUGCUUGUGCUACCGCGAAUUAUUGUUUCUACGCGGCUGCUAAUCAUAUUAGAAGAGGCGAGGCAGAUAUCAUGGUAGCUGGGGGAACUGAGGCUGCAGUCAUGCCUACUGGUGUUGGUGGUUUUAUAGCUUGCAGAGCACUAUCUCAAAGAAAUGAAGACCCUAAGAAAGCUUCAAGACCUUGGGACAAGGAUCGUGAUGGUUUUGUCAUGGGAGAAGGCUCUGGUGUGCUGAUAAUGGAGAGCUUGGAGCAUGCAAUGAAAAGAGGAGCUAAUAUAAUAGCAGAGUAUUUAGGAGGUGCUGCAACUUGUGAUGCUCAUCACAUGACCAAUCCCCGUUCAGAUGGUCUCGGAGUUUCAACUUGCAUAGCUAAAAGUUUGGAAGAUGCCGGAGUUUCCCCUGAGGAGGUGAACUAUGUUAAUGCUCAUGCGACAUCAACACUAGCAGGGGAUUUGGCUGAGGUUAAUGCAAUCAAGAAAGUCUUCAAGGACACUUCCGAGAUCAAGAUGAAUGGGACUAAGUCAAUGAUUGGACAUGGGCUUGGUGCUGCUGGUGGAUUAGAAGCCAUCGCAACCAUAAAAGCAAUCAACACUGGAUGGCUUCACCCAACAAUCAAUCAAGAUAAUAUUGAGCUUGAUGUUACAAUUGACACUGUUCCAAAUGUGAAGAAGCAACAUGAAGUUAACGUUGCUAUCUCAAAUUCAUUUGGCUUUGGAGGGCACAAUUCUGUGGUUGUUUUCGCUCCCUUCACACCCUAAUUGAAUAAAACUCAAGCCAAGCAGUCUUGCUCCUCCAUCCUUGUGAAAUUUAUUAAUUUUGGGUGUCAAAAUUGUCUCAAGCAUGGCUGAUAUCGCACAGAUAUCGGAAAGUCUCUGAUUUUUUCAAUGAUGAGGACUGAAGAUAAUGUAGCCUUUUUUAUCAUUUCAUUUGCUCUCAUAACUAUGUAUCUUGAGAUCAGAUUCUGCGUUUUGCAAGUCAAUAAUAAAACAUUCUUGUUGUCUUCGA